UCUUGUCAGAGUUGUCAGCCGUCAGUUAAACAGUCUUGUAGGUUAUAUUUUUGGUGUAAUUUGAAAAAUAUGUUGGAUCUCUUUACAAUUUUCAGUAAAGGAGGUAUUGUAUUAUGGUGCUUCCAAAACACAAAUCAAAUAUUCACACCUUCUGUGAAUGCAUUAAUAAGAAAUGUUAUUUUACAGGAAAGAACAGGUGUUAGUUCCUUUGAUCAUAAUGGUUUGGCUCUACAGUAUAAAUUGGAUAAUGAAUUUGACUUGAUAUUUGUGGUAGCCUACCAGAAAAUACUACAACUCUCUUAUGUGGAUAAAUUCUUGACUGACAUACAUUUGGAAUUCAGAGACAAGUAUAAAAAUGAGCUCACAGAUGGAGAAUUUUUUCGGAAUUUCAACUUCAUGGAUGCCUAUAAUGAUACUUUACGAGCAGCUGAAGAGUGGUCAAAAAAUCAAGCAAAACAACCCAAACAGAUGAGGAGUUUUGAGGAUUCUUUCAAGUCAAAGAAAACUGUUGCUUCAAUGAUCACUAGAAAAGGAGAGGAAAAACCUGUUAAGACUGCUAAGAAAAAAGAAGUGAACUUUGCUGAUGAUGAUGUUAUGUUGGCAUCUCCUCCAUCCUCACCCAAAGCUCAGGAAAAUGGUCUCAUUAAUGAGGAAAUUUUGGCUGCCAACAGAGCAAAGUUAGCAAAAAAAAUGAUGAAGAAAAAACCAGAGCCAAAAAAAAGUCCAAAAAGCCCACAAUCAGAAAAAGCUGGUAAAAAACCCAGAAAAUGGGAACUAGAAGGUUCCAGCAAAGAUCUGGAAUCACUUGAAAGAACUACUGAUAGACCUGAAGAUGCAAAGAGUAACUUCACUCCUGAUACAGAGAUGGUUGGACAAAUGAAAGGCAUAAUCAAAGAUCUAGAGGUGGAAUCCUCAGAUGAUGACUAUGAUGAACAAGAAGAAGAAGAAAUAGAAACUCAAAAAACUGCUAAGAAGUCAUCCAAAGGGGGAAUGUUCUCUAUUUUCAGAGGCCUUGUGGGGUCAAAAAAUCUAAGCAAGUCCGAUAUGGAACCGGUGCUGGACAAGAUGAAAGACCACCUGAUAGCCAAAAACGUCGCCGCAGACAUAGCCUUGAAGCUUUGCGAGUCGGUCGCCGUCAAGCUGGAAGGGAGAGUUCUGGGGACGUUUGAAAGCGUGGCCUCCACCGUCAAAAGUACCCUCAACGAUUCGCUGGUCCAGAUACUCAGUCCCAGGAGGAGGGUGGACAUUCUGCGCGAUUGCAUCGAGGCCAGGAAGCAGAAAAGGCCUUUCGUCAUAUCUUUUUGUGGGGUGAACGGCGUGGGCAAGUCGACCAACCUGGCCAAGAUCUGCUUCUGGCUGAUCGAGAACGACAUGCGCGUUCUGAUAGCGGCGUGUGACACGUUCCGCGCAGGCGCAGUCGAGCAACUGCGCACGCACACGCGCCAUCUCAACGCGCUGCACCCGCCCGAACGACACGCUGGCCGCCAGAUGGCGCAGCUGUACGAGAAAGGGUACGGCAAGGACGCGGCCGGGAUAGCGAUGGAGGCGAUCAAGUUCGCCGGGGAUGCGGGAAUCGAUGUGGUAUUGGUGGAUACGGCGGGGCGGAUGCAGGACAACGAACCGCUGAUGAGAGCCCUCACCAAGCUGAUCAAGGUCAACGAGCCCGACCUGGUGCUGUUCGUCGGCGAGGCGCUGGUCGGCAACGAGGCCGUGGACCAGCUGGUCAAGUUCAACCAGGCGCUGGCCGACUACUCCUCCAACGCCGAGCCGCAUCUCAUCGACGGCAUCGUGCUCACCAAGUUCGACACCAUCGAUGACAAGGUUGGUGCCGCCAUAUCAAUGACCUAUAUUACGGGUCAACCAAUCGUGUUUGUUGGGACUGGACAAACCUACACAGACCUGAAAGCCUUGAACGCGAAAGCAGUCGUACAUGCUCUCAUGAAGUAAUACUAAUUUUGAAGUUGCCUUAUAUUAUCAAAAACUGUUUUGGAAUAGGUCAAAUAGGUUAAUAACUGAAAACAUAAUGAAUUAUGGCAAAUAUUAGGAUAUUUUAUUUGGUUAAUUCUCAGAACAUUACUUUACAGCUGUUGAAUUCAAUAUUGGGACUUGCUUAAUGGUGUUUGUUGAUUAUUUCUAUUAUGUAAUUUUUGUUAUUCCAUUUUGGCAAAAUAGGUGAUAUUUUUUUAUGUGAAAAUAUAAUUUAUAUAUAGAGUUGUUUUCAGUAA